CCAAGUCGAGAGCUGAGGUUACACAGUCAAAAAACAUGGCAAUGAGAUUUGUGGUGUCGCUGGCGGUUAUAGCCGUUACAUUCGCCGACCAGAGAUCACAUGUGAGCUUCAGUCUUGGUGGCGCCCCAGCUGUGAGCCACCACAGCUCCCCUCACCACUCAAGACCUUCCCACCACCCACAACCUUCCUACCAUCCACAGCCUUCCUACCACCCACAACCUUCCUACCACCCACAACCAAAAUACCACCCACAACCAAACUACAAUCACCAUGAGCCCGCUGUCCCCGCGUGCGCCACCAACACCACUAAGCCUUGGUGCCUCGAGGACGCCGAGUACCCCACCUACGAGAUCAAGCACGCCGCUGAGCAACACUACGAGAAGGUCCUCUCCCUCUACGCUGACGUCGCUGACCUCAACACUGAGCUCUCCGUCAACCGUCCUAAGGUCCUCGAGGAGGAGACUUACCUCUGUCCCUCAGAGACCGCUUACGUCAGGCCUCUCCGUGCCCAGAACACCGAUGGCAAGUGGCGGGUCAUUGUCAACAAUGUUGAUGCUCAUUAUCAAACUCUCACCCAGACCACCCGCAUCGAAGAGUGCCUGACCUCCGGCGACGCCUGCCCCCUGGUGCCUGAGUGUUACGAGUCCAAGUGCCUGCAGAAGUCCAUCUACCACCGCUUCCUCGUCUACGACCCCUAUGAUCAGUACUUCCCCUUCGCCAUUGAGACCUUCAAGCUGCCCGCCAGCUGUGCCUGUCUGCUGGGCGCCUACACCAUCGACCACGUGUCGUUGGCGGUCGUGGCCAUUGUGUUUGCUGACCAGAGCUCCCAUGUCAGUAUCAGCCACGGCGGCGGCACCCCGGCUGUGAGCCACAGCUCCUCUGUCCCACACAGGGCGGCUCCUAGUCCAGCUCCUCCUCAUGGACACCGUCCUUCCUAUACACCAAGACCUACCUAUCCCCCAAGGCCUAGCUACACCCCACGACCUACCUAUCCCACAAGGCCUACCUACACCCCAAGGCCUACAUACGCCCCACGGCCUACCUACACCCCACGGCCUAGCUAUCAUCCCCAACCUUCCUAUCACCCAACACCGGCCUACGGACAGCAACCUUCCUACGAUGCUGAGCCCGCUUGUGCUGCUGCCAGUUCCAAGCCCUGGUGCCUCGAGGACAAUGAAUAUCCCACCUAUGAAAUAGAGAAGGCUGCCGGCGACCAUAGCGACAAACUUCUCACCCUGUACGCUGACGUGGCUGACCUGGACACCAAGCUUUCCCUCGAGCGUCCCAACAACCUUUAUGAGGAGACUUACCUCUGUCCCUCAGAAACUGCCUACGUCAGGCCUCUCCGUGCCAAGAACACCGACGGCAAGUGGCGCAUCAUCGUCAACAACAUUAAGGUGCACUACCAAACUCUCACCCAGACCACCCGUAUCGAGGAGUGCCUGACCUCCGGCGACGCCUGCCCCCUGGUGCCUGUGUGUUAUGAGUCCAAGUGCCUGCAGAAGUCCAUCUACCACCGCUUCCUCGUCUACGACCCCUAUGAUCAGUACUUCCCCUUCGCCAUCGAGACCUUCAAGCUGCCCGCCAGCUGUGCCUGUCUGCUCGGCGCCUACACCAUCGACCACUAAGGCCAACACACCACAAAUCUCUCGCUAGAAAUAAUGAAUAAUCGGACCUAGAACUAUUAAUGUCUUGUGAGUCUUAGUCUUCCAUCUUGUGUAGUCUAGGAGCAUGAGCGGGUGGUUCCCUGUGGCGGCAACACAGCUGCUGCAGGAGCCACCGUCCCUGGCAUCAUUCACUCAACUAUAUGAAGAAAGCAGUUCUCUAGUCAUCUCGAUGUGAUAUGAUGUAUGAUAAUUAAUUAAUAUAUAAAUAUUUAUAUUCAUGAAUUACUGAAACUUCAGCUUCUGACAUGAAACAAAUAAACUGUGCAGCAAUA